AUGGAGCGAACAUGCUUUAAACAUCAGAUGCGCAAAAAGAAAGUUGAAGUAAGUCUUAUCUUUUACUUUCUCUGACUUCUGGUUACAAGAUAUUGUGUUGUUUCCCUCAGGUCCAUGCUGAUUUCACCUCAAAAGACAACUUCACUUUUGAAAAGCACCUAGCAAACGAAGGGAAGCUCAACACGUCCUCGUGGUUCCGCAGGGAUCCACUCAAAGGUGGCGUCUUUGUUUACUGUUUCUCUAAACCCGUUUCCACCAAAACGCAGCUUACACUUAACGCAAUCUCGCGAGAACCUCGACGAGAUCGAUCUCGCAAUACACCAUACACCGUCAACAUGGGCGACCAUCAAAACGACCCCAGUGGCGAGUCCUUGCUUACCACUGGCCUCGCUGAUCCCGCCAUGCUAAGCAAAAUCGAUCGACUCUUCGCUUGCUAUGUCGGUGACUACAUUGAUCUUCCGCAAAUCGUCAUGGUCGGUGAUCAAUCCAGCGGUAAGUAUCAAUUCAUGGAAUAUUUGUUCAGGCUGGGUGCUUACUGAUGGCUUGCAGGUAAAAGCUCUGUCCUUGAAGGUCCCACCGGUCUGCCGUUCCCAAGAAACAGCGACUUGUGCACACGAUUUGCUACUCAGAUCAUCUUCAAACGUUCACCUUUGAAGCAAAUCUACGCUGCGAUUAUCCCCGCCAAAGACUCUAGCGCUGACCACGCAGAGCAGAUUCGAAGGUGGUCCCGCAAUAUCAAGAUCCUGAACUCGGAGGCUUUCGAGGACGUCUUUCGUGAGGUAAAAACUAGACCUGUUCUUUAUCUCAAAUUUCACUGACAAUUCCAGGUCCAUUCAUUCAUGGGACUUACUGGAAAAUCGGGCAAGACAUUUUCUGACGAUGUUUUGUGCUUGGAGAUAUCUGGACCUUUGGAGGAACAUGUCAGUGUCAUCGAUAUCUCGGGUAUCUUCAAGAGAACCACAACCGGGAUCACAACCAAGGAUGAUAUGCAAAUGGUACAAAAUAUGGUCCUGGGAUAUAUGGAGAACCCAAGAUCUGUGAUACUAGCAGUUUGCCCAGCAAAUGUCGACAUAGCCACCCAGGAGAUUUUGCAAAUGGCAGAAGAGGUGGACCCGGAAGGAACUCGAACUUUAGGUCUUUUAACGAAGCCAGAUCUUGUCGACAGAGGCGCAGAGGGUCAUGUGAUGAACCUAAUCGAAGGCCGAAAGCAUCAUUUGGCACUCGGAUGGCAUUUAAUUAGGAACCCUGGCCAACUAGAAAUGUCUGAACAGUCCACUAACCGAUACACAUUAGAGCAAGCUUUCUUCAAGCACAAACUUCCGUUUAACAAACUCGACAAGGAAAGAGUUGGCAUCCCGGCACUAGAGAUUCGUUUGCAGGAGAUUCUAACCGCUCACGCCCACCGGGAGUUUCCAGGAGUAAGUAGAACUUGAACCAGACUUGCAGCACCUGACUAACCUUUUCGAGGUAAAACUUGAACUAAAUGAGAGAUUGCAACUCUGUAUGAAGCAGCUCUCGGAUCUUGGAUCAAGCAGAAAGACGUCGACAGAACAGAGACAAUUUCUCGUGGAAAUCGCCAGUCGUUUUCAAGAGUUGACAUCACUAGCAACCAACUGUCGUUAUUCUAUGGAUGCCAUUUUCGACCAAAAGCCUGCCCUUAAACUUGCCACAUAUAUAGUCACCCGCAGUUCACGAUUCUCAAAAGCGAUGGAGACACAUGGUCAUACGUACGAGUUUCAGGACGCUGUUACGUGUAUAAAGGAACUCACGGAGUCGAAGACAUCAAAAUCAGAUACUCCGACAGAAGGAACCAAAAAUGAGAACACCAAAAAGGAGAAAACCAAAAGAUCUCUCGGACACAAAACCCGCGAAGAAAAUUUUGGUCCUGAUAUCCAGGGGAUUAUCCGCGAGAACAGUAGAGUAUUGAGGCCAAUCAAAAAAGGCAUCAUACAGUGGUUAGCAACCCUUCACGAGGAGUCCCGAGGAUUUGAACUUGGCACUUUUGACCCUUUCCUACUUUCCGUUACGAUGAAGAGACAAUCACAGAAAUGGGAUGCAAUUGCACUUGGUUACGUUGAAGAUGCUGUCUCGAGAGUGCACAACCUUGUUACUGAGCUAGUUCAACACCUAUGUCCAGAUAAACGUAUCCGAAACGGGCUCCAGACUGCUUUGAUGGGACACCUUCUAGUACGAUACAAAAUCACAAUUGCGCAGGUUGAAUUCAUCCUUCAGGUUGAACGACUGGAUAAACCAUCGACGCAGGACCACUAUUUCAACGAAAAACUCGAGAAACGGUAGGAUUACUUCAUACCCAACGAGCAACAUCGAUCACUGACAUACUGUUCCCAUAGCCGACAUGAUAGAAUCUACGAAGCAGCAAAGAAGAAAUCUCGCUACCAUGUUCCUGGCGAUCCCAACACUCCGGCUGUUAGUGUUGAAGAUCUCAAGUUCACGAACUCGAUGAGUAACACCGAACACACAGUCCUAGAUCUCCACGACAUCCUAGCUUCUUACUACAAGGUGGCCCGUAAGCGAUUCGUUGAUACUGUUUGCAUGCAGGCCGUCGAAUACCAUUUGAUCUCAGGACCAACAACUCCAUUGAAGCUCUUCUCGCCUGCCUUCGUUGGCACCCUGAGUGAUGAGCAAUUGGAGGAAAUUGCAGGAGAGGACACGCAACAAAAACGUAAGCGCAAGCAACUUCAAAAGGAGAUAGAGGAUCUCGAGAUGGGCAGGAAGAUUCUAGCUUAG